UAUUGGGAGGAUUGGAACUUUCAGGUUGUAACAAAAGAAGAUCAACUGUUACUGACCUUAAUGAAAUUAAAAAUGAAUUUGGGUCAUGUUGAUUUAUCUGUUCGAUUCAAUGUUUGCAAGAGCACAGUAACAAAUAUUGUUAUGACAUGGAUUGAUGUUUUACAUGAGAGAUUAUAUGAACCCUUAAUGAGUAUUGUUCCCUCACAACUUAAAAAUCAAAUCUGUUUGCCUUCAUGCUUUGCAAGCUUUCAAAAUUGUAGAAUGGUUGUUGAUUGUACAGAUUUUUGUACAAUCAGACUUAAAAAAUUGAAGCACCAACGAUUAUUCUACAGUUUCUAUAAACAUCGCCACACUAUAAAAUGUUUAAUUGGUGUAGCCCCUAAUGGUUCCAUAACAUUUGCUGGUCAUAUGUUCCCUGGUUCAACCUCUGACAAAGAGAUUUUUAAAAAGGGCAGUUUAUGUCAGAUUUUUCAACUAGGUGACCUAGUUCUUGCUGAUAAAGGCUUUUUAAUUACAGAUGUUGUCCCAGAUGGUGUUUCAGUUAACAUUCCCCCUUUUCUGGCUACACAGGAAUUCACACCCAGCCAUGUUCAGAAUACCAAAAUGAUUGCAAGAGCUAGGAUUCAUGUUGAGAGAGUGAUUCGGCGAAUUAAAAGUUUUUAAAAUCAUGGUAUUAAUACCCAAUUUUCUUUUUCCUUACAGUACCAAAAUUAUGCAAAUAGUUGUAACCCUUACAAAUUUUCGACCUCCUUUAAUAAAUGAAGUAAAAUAUCUUUAUAAAGCCUAA